ACCCGGAAGUUGACACAGACGUGUGCCGGUUUCAUCAUAUUUGUCACAUUUUUAACAAAUUGCACUAAAUACCCGUUUUCUUUACAAUAGUUUAACUCGUUCCCCUUAUCAGAAUGCCGACUGUUGCAGUAAACACGUCCGAACUAUUUCAAGUUUUGGGAAAAACUUACACAUUUGAGGAGUUUGACGACCUGUGUUUUGAUUUCGGCUUGGAGGCUGAAGUUGCAGAGGAAGAGGAAGGUCAAGGUGAACCAACUGAAGAACAGUUCAAGAUUGAUAUUCCUGCAAACAGAUAUGACCUGCUUUGUAUUGAAGGGAUUGGGAGAGGAUUGCUUGUGUUCUUGGAAAAGAUGAAAGCACCCAGGUACAAAGCUAUUCCCCCAGCCUCAGGAGCUCGUCAGCAGCUUAAAAUACUGCCAGCUACUGCCCAGGUCCGACCAUUUGCUGUUGCAGCUGUGUUGAGGAACAUAAAAUUCACUGAGGAUCGGUACAAAAGUUUCAUUGAUCUGCAAGACAAGCUACAUCAAAAUAUAUGCAGGCGCAGAACUCUAGUCGCCAUCGGGACCCAUGACCUUGACACGAUACAGGGGCCAUUUGUCUAUGAUGCUAAACAACCGAAAGACAUCAAGUUCAAACCCCUUGGUCAGACGAAGGAAUACACUGCUCCCGAACUUAUGGAACUAUAUGCAGGGGACAGUCACCUGAAGCCAUACCUUCCCAUCAUCCAAGACAAACCAGUCUACCCAGUCAUCUACGACUCAAAAGGCGUUGUGCUGUCCAUGCCUCCUAUUAUAAAUGGAGAGCACACGAAGAUCACUCUGAAUACCAAGAACGUGUUCAUCGAAUGUACAGCCACAGACCUGACCAAGGCAAAAAUCGUGCUGGAUACCGUUGUCACAAUGUUCAGCCAGUAUUGUGCUGAACCUUUUGUGGUAGAACAAGCAGAAGUUAUUCAGCCAGAUGGUACCUCUGUCAUUCACCCUGAGCUGCCUUAUAGAUUUGAUACUGUAGAUGUAGAAGAUAUAAAUAAGAAGAUCGGAAUAAAUAUAACGGGUGAAGAGAUGGCCAGACUGUUGAGCAAGAUGUGCAUGGAGUCAGAGGCAAUAAAUGGCGGGAAAAACGUCAAGGUGGAAAUUCCCCCAACACGGAGAGAUGUCCUUCACAACUGUGAUAUCUGGGAGGAUGUGGCCAUAGCAUACGGAUUCAACAACCUCAAAUGGACAAUACCUAACACCAACACUAUUGCUAAUCAGUUCCCAAUAAACAAGCUGACCGACCUGAUGCGGGGGGAAAUCUGUGCAGCAGGCUUCACCGAGGUUCUCACUUUCGCAUUGUGUUCAAGAGAUGACAUCGCAGACAAGUUGAGGAAGGACAUCAAGCAGACACAGGCUGUCCACAUCUCAAACCCUAAAACCCUCUCCUUCCAGGUUGCCAGAACCAGCCUAUUGCCGGGUGUAUUGAGAACCCUCUUCCACAACAAGAGCCUGCCCUUGCCCCUCAAACUGUUCGAAAUCUCAGAUGUUGUCUUCAAAGAUAGCUCUAAGGAUGUGGGAGCCCGCAAUGAGCGACACCUAGUGGCUGUGAACUACAACAAGUCCGGCGGAUUUGAGAUCAUCCACGGGUUACUGGAUCGAAUCAUGCAGCUCCUGCAAGUAGCACCCGCCACUGACGGCACAGGGUACUGCAUUCAGGCCGCUGAAGACUCGACAUACUUCCCUGGGCGUUGUGCAGACAUCUUAGUAAAGGGGUCGAGUAUCGGCAAACUGGGCGUCCUUCAUCCUGACGUUGUAACAGCUUUUGACCUCAACCUGCCUUGUGCUGCGCUGGAAAUAAACUUAGAGGCACUCCAAUGAUGAUAGGGGACUAUUUAUGACAUUUAGUGAUUAUUUUUUAUUGAAAAUUUAAGAUGAAGACAUAUUUAAGAUGAAGACAUUGUAUCCACCUGUUUCUGAUUAAGUUUUGUAUUCAUGUUAAAAUACCAGGAAUGUGUCUCAGCUCUAGAGAAAUGGGGUCAGGGCCUUUCCAAAGGGGAACUAUGCCAAGAUUAAGGGAAUUUCGAAUAAUAAUAAAGUCAAACAGUUCUUAUUCUUAAAUAAAAUUAAGUGAAAGUAAAUUGUUGUGUCAUAUUGGCAACCACAUUUUCUUUUAUGAUAAAAGGAUCCUAGUGGCAUCAAAUUGCAGAUGAAAAAUGCAUAUAUCUUGGUUAUACUUUGUCUGAUUUGAUAAAAAAAACACCAUCUUCCUGUUUUGACAUAAAAUUGGUGAAAAUAUAUGUACUUUCAGAGUCAGGUUAUAACCUUCUUGAUUAAUCUGAUGCUUGCUUCUUUACAUUACCCUAAUUGUAAUACCUGCAAACUUUUCUUUAGAGAAUUAACCACAUUGGUUGGCUAUUAAAUGUUUUAAAAGCUUAUUUUCUCAUUCAAAAAUGACAAGAUUUGAUAGUUGCAAGUGGAAGUUUACUUGUGUGUGAUUGUCUGCCUGUUUCAUAAUUAUAAUGUUACAAACUGCAUUCAAUAAUAAGCUACCCAUAUACAAUUGUUUAUGCAUUAUUGUUGUCUUGUGAGUGAUGUGAAUGAAUUUAAUUUUGUAGACAUUGAAAAUUUAAAUUGAUAGAUUUUUAUUCAAAAUUUGGCUUUUUUGAAGGCAGUUCCAACUUCCUUUAUAAUUUCAAUCAUGAUUUGAUUCACAUAUAUAUGCCCACUUACUAUAUUGGAUGUUCAACUGUUAAUUACAGAGUUUCUUUGUUUAUGGUUGUACCUUGAUAAUAAUGAUUAUUGCCGUUAUCCAUUCAUGCACUGGUAUAUCAUAUGUAUUCACUGGUGACUGACUGUAUAGACAUUUUAUAUUUAUUUAUUAUCGUGAUUCUGCUGUCGACUUCUUUCUCAGAAAAUAAAUUUUAAAACCUC